AUGAACACUACUCUUUCCCCAAAACUCCCUGCGACCAUGACAGCAACCGCAAUGGCCACUCUAGGCGAGCUGAAACACGCCCUGAAAGCGGCAGCCCCAUCCGUCAAGCGGGAAAGGCUCUCGGAGAGUCAAUACGAGACAGGCUUUGAUCUUCUAUUGACUGGCACAACAGUCUAUGAAGACUUCAUCCAUCCUGAAGUUUGUCGACAACUUACUGAUGGACCUCGGGGCCCAAUCUCUGUCCUGGAGAUCGGACCUGGUCCACGAACCGUUCUUGCAGCUCUACCUGAGGUUCUGAGGCGAAAUAUCACACAAUACGUCGCGUUCGAGCCCAAUCAUACUUACGCUUCUUCGCUGGAAGAGAGUCUGCUCUGCAGAGAAGGCGCAGCAUCUCCUCUACCCUGCCUUGAUGGUGCAGCCACAAUCUACAAGAAGCCGUUCUUUCUGGGCAACGAUCAUGAUGAUGUUAGCAUCGAACAAUCCCACGGAGCGUUCGACAUCAUAUUGUUUUGCCACAGCAUGUAUGGUAUGUCUCCGAAGCGGAGCUAUAUCGAGAAGGCACUUCAUCUGCUCAAGAAAUCCGAUGGAGCCAAGGUCAUUGUCUUCCACCGCAAUGAGAGUUUGAACUUCGAUGGUCUGGUCUGUCAACACACUGCUUCCUUCCCAAAGGGCGUGGUACAUGUGCCUGACCUGGAUAACAGCUUGGACAGCUUCGCCUCCUUCGUUGCUGGUGAGAUCUUGCCGCUGUCUGAAGAGGGCAAUUUUGCUCAACAGGAGUGGCGCAAGAUAUGCCGCGAACUGAGCCAGAGAUCCCAAUCUGGUGGACACGUCUUCAGUUCUCCCGAGCUUAUGGUCACCUUCACUCACGGCUCACUUGAACUGGAAGAAAUUGUAGCCAAAGUGCCUACAGUGAAGCUGGACAAGAUAAAGAAUCCCGAAGCUCGGCACCGUCGUCCAGCAUCGAUCGUCAAGCCAGCAGGGAUCUGCCAGGUUCAGGGCUGUGUUCAGUGGGCCAUAAAGCAUGGCCUUACCUUGGCAGUACUUGGCGGCAGUCACGGAGCACACUGCAUUGUGGACAAUGUGGUCUCAGUCGAUAUGAGCUGCUUCGACCAGAUCAGCAUUCACCGCAGCACAGAGUCGCCUGGGCCGGAUUCUGACACUCUCGUCAUUGUCGGAUCUGGCUGUAAGGCUGGCGAUAUCGUCCAUCGCACCAUGGAACACGGUCUAACGGUACCUCUCGGCUCCCGUCCAAGCGUGGGCGCAGGACUUUGGCUCCAGGGUGGCAUCGGACACCUCUCAAGAUACCGUGGACUCACGUGCGAUACUAUAGUCGGCGCUGUGCUGGUCAGUGUCGACGAUGCCAGAGUUGUCGUUGUCGGCGAGGUACCAGAUGACCAUCUUCCUCAGAACGCAGUACGGCCAGAGAACGAAGCAGAGGUCCUGUGGGCUAUUCGAGGCGCUGGCACAGAUUUCGGCGUCGUAACGAAUGUUGUCUUCAAAGCCUUCCCUGUGGAGACCUUCCUGACGACGAACUGGAAGCUACCUCUGAACGACGAGGUGGAAGCACAAGGCAAGAUCGAUGCCGUCAACAAAACUGCUGCUACUCUCUACACACGGAACUCGGUUGACAUGUAUCUCUACUGGGACGGUAUGCGGCUAAGCUUGGGCGUCAGUCUAUAUGGGGCAGCAUCCCCGGGUCUCACAUUCGAGGCCAUGACUCCGACGACCAUGUGCUUACGCUCUCUCCUUGGCACAGAGACCAAGUCCGAGACGUGUGACGGCAUACAACUCUUCGAAUCAGAGAUGUACAUGUCCGGCAUGCACGGCGGCCACGGGGGUGGCAAGACCUCUGCCUUCAAGCGCUGUGUUUUCCUUAGGGAUAUUGGCACUCCAGAAGUCGUCAACGCCCUCCUCACAGCCAUGCAAACUCGAUCAUCACCACUCUGCUAUCUCCAUCUGCUGCAAGGCGGAGGUGCUAUUGCCGAUGUCAAGUCUGAUGCUACUGCCUUUGGCUGUCGCGACUGGGACUACGCCUGCGUCAUUACAGGUGUGUGGAAGCGCGAUCAAGACGGCACUGCAGCUGCAAGGGCAGCGGUUGAGUGGGUGUAUCGUGUUGUGGGAGAUCUGUUGCCCUUGAGUAGUGGCAUCUAUGGCGCAGAUCUCGGCCGAGAUCCCAGAGAUGCGGAUCUUGCUGCUCAUGCUUUCGGACCCAAUCGACUUAGAUUAGGGCGACUGAAGUGGAAGAUGGAUCCGCAUAGAGUGCUGGCUCACGCCUGUCCGCUUCCUCAGAAGCCACGCGGUCCAAGGCUCAUCAUCCUCGUGACGGGGUCCCACGGUGCUGGGAAGGACUAUUGCGCUGCCGCCUGGAAUGAUGAACUCGAUGGAGAUCAGCAUAUCGUUCACGUGGCCAGCAUCAGUGAUAUGACGAAGAAGGAGUAUGCAGCUUCUGUGGGCGCCAGCUACGAGAGGCUACUGACCGAUUGCGAAUACAAGGAAAAGCACCGGCCAGCUUUGACAGCAUUCUAUGAUCGCCAAGUCGCAGAACGACCCAAUCUGCCAGAGCAGCACUUCUUGCAGGUGGUUCACGAGCAUUCAGAUGCAGAUGUGCUUCUGAUCACAGGCAUGAGAGACAAGUCCCCAGUCGCAACCUUCUCGUAUUUAGUGCCAUACAGCAGAGUGCUCGAAGCCCGUGUCCGCACAAGCAAUCACAACAUAGCAGCUCGGACUGGCUCUGGGAUUUACCCAAACAAUAACUCACCCGCGCCAUCGGCAACGACAUGCCCCCCCGACUUCAUCUUCGACAACGACACGCAGGGCAGCGAAGAAGCCAAGAAAUUCGCAAGCCACUUUCUCCUCCCCCUCCUCCAGACAGAUCUAACACAUCUCGCCGACAUGGUGCGCUCAACACCAAACCAUCCACGCUCGGGAGUAAACUUCCACCACAUCCUAGGCAUCGCGCAGCACCCAGAUGGCCUAGCCUUAUGCACCUCCCUCUUGCGCGACCUCUUCUCAACAUCCUGGCCCAAAAUCGACACGAUAGCUUGCUGUGAAAGUGGCGGCUUCAUCUUCGCAUCAGCACUUGCCACAAACCUCAACUUACCCUUAGCCCUGAUCCGCAAGGCUGGGAAACUUCCGCCUCCGACUUUUUCGGUUGGGAAGGAGUCUUCGUAUAUUUCGUCGCUGAGCGGGACGGCGGAGGGAGAGGAGACGUUUGAGAUGGAGAAGGGGGCGGUGGCGAAGGGGAGCGAGGUCGUGGUGGUGGAUGAUGUGCUUUCGUCUGGGAAGACGGUUUGGGCAGUGCUGCAGCUUCUGCGGAAGGCGGGGGUUCGGCCUGCGGAUGUUACGGUUAUGGUGGUUGCUGAGUUGCCUGGUCAUCGGGGUCGGGAGUUCUUGCGCAUGAGUGGGUUUGGGGAAGUCAGUGUUCGGAGCCUUUUCGUUUAUGGUGGUGCGUGA